AAGGCUUUAUAAGCCAGUCGGGAGUCUGCAGCAGCAUCACAGGGCAGCGCACAACAUCCAGGAACAUACUGAGCUCAAACCUCGUCUGACAUCCUCGCUCUGCAGCUUCCUGCUACUCCAAACAAGACAUUCAACGGACAACAUGAAAGUGGCCUUUGUUUUUGUUUUGCUCUUUGCUGCAGUUCUUUGCAGACCGGCAAGAAAAUAUUCGGACAGUUCUGCAGAGAGCUCAGAAGAAGUGGUGAGACGACCUGCGGCUCCGCUCUUCAGGAAAAAGGUGGCCGAAGUUUCCCGAAUCCGUGCAGCAGCUAUCAGGGCUUUCCAGAGGUUUUUUGCAUCACCUGUUGCCAGUUCAGAUGAAAGCACAGACAGCUCUGACGAGCAGGUAGCAGUGGAGACUCCAGCUGUAGUCAACUAUGAAACCACUGAUCCUGCUGCUUCAGACACGCCCCCUGUCAACAACGAAGAUAGUGAUGAUGACGACGACGACGACGAUGAAUCGGAGGAAAGUGACAGUGACGAGGAGGAGGAGGAGGAAGAUGAGGAAGACUCCUCAGAGUCGGGCGAGGAUUCAACUGUUGCUCCUGAGACCGUGACCCCCGUUGUUGUGACAGAUGAGCCCCUGGAUGAAACUACAGAGGAUCCCCUGGUGCCCACCAUCGUCACAGACACAGACUCAGGUCGCGGUGACAGCAUGGGGGGGUAUCCCAGUGAUUACAAGACCUACGUCUAUGUGGAGAAGGGCUACCCCAAGGCUCCUUCGCCUUACAAGUCCUACCAAUACGUUGACAAAAAAACAGGCUAUGACACGCCCACUGACAAUGAGGUGGAGAAGUCAGCAAACGUGUACAAGGUUGAGACUUAUCAAGCCCAUUCUGAUCUAGAGGAGGAUAGCAGCACUCCUGAUGAGGAGAGCCAGAAUCUAGACACCGCUGGACCUUCUGAGAGCCAGGAUGUUCUUCCUGAGGAGGAGGAGGAAGAGGAGGAGAGCGCUGGCACCACUGAAAGCGGAAGCUCCAGCACCCCAGAAGAAGAGGAAGAAACAGAGCAGAGCAGCGAGGAGACGGCAGCCACACCUGGAGCCUCUGACAGCGAUUCCGACGAGAGCGACAGCACGGAGAGUGACUCAGAUGAGCACGGGAUGGGCCCCGAACCCACCGCCGACACGGUGGUCAUCACUGCCAAAUAAGUCACGCAGGAAGUGUUGUGUGGUGUCGCAUAGAUUGGUAUAAUAAAGACUCCAUGCCACAUUCAAGAGUAAUCUUUUCCCUUGUGAGGCACUUUCUAUAUUUCGCUUUGUACAAUCCAAUCCAAGCUAACCAGGCGCUCGUAUACUACAGUGAAACCUGUUUAAGUCAACGCUGUUUACAUAGACAACUGCUCUGAGUUGACAGAUGUGGACGUUAACAGGUUGCACUGUAACAAAGUCAUUGAUAAAGUUCAUAGAGUAUUUAUGCGCUUGGUGCAAUUUUCAGAUUUUUCUGCUGAAUCCAGUCAGAAGAUCACUCUAGGCAAUCUGUUGGCCUUGGACCUUUUUGCCCUCCAUCCUUCCCGUGGGUUAAAAUGAUAAAUAACAAAAAAAAAUGUUAGCACCAGCACAAUGCAGAGUUAGAUCGUAAAAUGUUAGCAAAGUUGCAUUACAGGCAAUGUGCAAUUUAAGCCAAAUUUGUAUAACCAUUUCACGCGCCCAAUCAUUAAGCCAUAUAUUUGCCUCGUUUGUGUGGUUUAACUCAUGGCUGUUGUUGCUAAUAUCAAACCUGCCGGUGU